CGGAUUGGAUGACUAUGGUCUCGGCCUGGGAACCCGGCCCGUGUACAACGCCGAGUGUCAUCAAUGAUCCGGUAAAUUACGAGCAUCCUUAUAUUUGCCGUAAACUAAACUAGCCGUGACCACAUUUCUACGAAACAUUGCCACUCUUAUCCAACACUCUAUAAUUUUGAACUGAAAGAGCUAUGUUAACGACUCAAUUGUGAUCGUCCAACAACGUUCAAUUGCGAAUUGCACUAUAACUCUCCAUUAAAACAACGUGAAACCCUAGCUUUUUACAUGAACAGGAAAGGCCUUGCCAUUCUGUUGCGAACAAAAAUGAGGCCUCUGUCCCCUGCAAUUAACAGUACAAAUCAAAUUCAGUUUCCUGCUCGCGAAACUCGUGACCGGAACCAAGAGUCGUCUCGAGAUCGGUGGUCUAUUGAUAUGAUCAGAGAAUUCGAUCAAGUGAAAGUAUCUAUGCAUUCGGCUAUAUCAAUGGAUGAAAAAGAAAAUGUGGAUGCAGCAUUAAAUGAUUUCUCAGCGGGUUAUUUUCGCCUUUCGCGGGACAAGCACAAAAUCUUACUCCACCUACUUGCAAAACAGUAUGACGUUUACAGGAUUCAAGUUCGUGAAUUGAUGAAGCAAUAUCUUGAUAUUCAGCUACCUAGUGGUUUAGGUGAAAUAGCUGAAGACGGUAGCUAUACUGAAGAAGCACCACUUAACAGUUUUUAUCGGAUUGAGCGAAACUUGAAAGAUGCUCUUAAGCCAAUGUAUGAAGUCCUAUUUGAACGGCUAAACACUCACCCUGGAGGAUUGAAGUUUUUGACCAUUAUUAGAGCUGAUAUCCUAUCUAUUCUCGCGGAGGAAAAUAUUCCAUCUUUAAGAGCACUUGAAUCCAACUUGAGAGAAAAGCUUAUUACUUGGCUAAGUCCUGCCAACCUAGAACUUCACCAGAUUACUUGGGAUGACUCUGCAUCUUUGCUGGAAAAGAUUGUUCAUUAUGAGGCAGUUCACCCCAUCAGCAAUCUUUUAGAUCUAAAGAGAAGGCUUGGAGUAGGUCGUCGUUGUUUUGGAUACCUACAUCCAACGAUUCCAGGUGAACCACUUAUAUUUAUUGAAGUUGCACUUAUGAAGAAUGUAGCUCAGACAAUUCAGGAAGUUUUGUGGGAUGAACCUCCAAUACCUGAACCUGAGGCCACAUGCGCAUUAUUUUAUUCUAUUUCCUCUUCCCAGCCUGGUUUGGCCGGAAUCAACUUAGGGAAGUUCCUUAUAAAGCGUGUAAUUGACGUGGUUAGGAAAGACAUGCCAAAUAUUUCUACAUUUGCAACACUUAGCCCAAUCCCUGGAUUCUUGCAAUGGCUCCUGCCAAAAUUGGCAUCAGCGGACACCUUUCAGGAAAACAUGCUUGAUCCAGAAGAGGAAACAGCACUUCUAGACUUAUCUAUGGAAUUCACCGCUGGAAAAAGUGGCAUGGAAAUCAUGCUGACCUUGUUGACUUUGAAUAACUACGAGUGGACUAAAUCUGAUGAUUUGAUCACCGCACUUAGAGCUCCAAUGCUACGACUUUGUGCAAGGUACCUUCUGCAAGAAAAGAAGAGGGGAAAGGCUUUGGACUCUGUUGCAAAUUUUCACCUACAGAAUGGUGCGACUGUUGGGAGAGUGAAUUGGAUGGCAGAUCGAUCAGAAAAAGGCUUGAGUCAGAGCGGUGGGAUUAUGGUUAAUUACAUCUACCGGCUUGAUAAAAUCGAAGAGAAUGCCCAGGCAUAUUUUAGCACAGGGCAUAUAGAGGUUUCACCUGAUGUCUGAAAAAGUUGAGCUUGUUUUCAUUUGCAGGAUGAAACUAAGCAUGAUCAACCACUAGAUUAGGAGGCUGUGAGGGAGCUUGAAACUGUGUCCUAAAAUAAUAUGAUUAGCCAAGAGUGGGUAAUGACUAAUGCCAAAUGUUUACCAAAUUAGUUCGUAUGCGCAGUUGUAUAUGUGUAAAUUCGUCUUAAAUGAAAUAUUUUUUGUGUUCCGGCACAAUCUUGUAUAUUGUGAAUAUUGCACUUGCACCCACUAGUUGUAAGAAGUUGGCGUGUUAUUUGUUAA